CAGCGGAUUAGGUGCUGAUUUGGCCGUAAACUGUGAAAAAUGAAUUAAAUACUGCAAUAAUUAGGAGAAAAUACACAACAGUGCCGCGCACAACCGUGUACACAAGCCCAACGGGCUGUUCAGUGACGAAGCAGGGAGCCUCCGUGUUGUGUUGCGUGCGAUUAGUUAAAAAAAAAAAGCUGCCGUGCCGCUGCCGCCACGAAGAGUUCUGACGAGCAGCUGGAGCUUCUCAACGGGUAUAACGACCAGCUAAGAACAACGAUAAUACCACCCUAACCCACAUCUAGGUCGAAUUUCUGGUGGAAUUUAUCACCAUCAACACCACAAUGAUACCGCUUACGCAUAAGGAUCGCAACAGUCUCGGGUAUCGAGUAAGGGAGAAGUUGAACAGUUGGAAGCGACUUAUAUUCUCUGAUCGUAAUUCGCGGAAUUUGUUUCUCUUUUUGCUUCUCAAUUUGAGUUUUGCUUUUGUGGAGCUGUUCUACGGGAUUUGGACAAAUAGCUUGGGUCUGAUCUCGGACUCGUUUCACAUGUUUUUUGACUGCACGGGUCUUCUGGCGGGCUUAGCUGCUUCCGUAAUUACAAAAUGGAAAGCCAACGAUAAGUUCUCUUACGGCUAUGUGCGUGCCGAGGUUUUGGCUGGCUUUGUCAAUAGCCUUUUCUUGCUCUUCAUUGCGUUCUUUAUCCUGUCUGAAGGCGUAGAGCGUCUGAUAGAGCCGCCGGAGGUGAAGCACGAACGUUUAUUUGUUGUGUCCGUCCUAGGUCUGCUUGUUAAUCUGGUGGGCAUCUACGCAUUUAAUCACGGGGGUCACGGUCACUCACAUGGAGGCGGUGGACAUGGUCAUUCUCAUGGAGGCGGUGCCCAUGGACAUUCGCACAGCCACAGCGAUAUGAGCAAUCACAAUCAUGAGGCUAUUAGCUUGAAUAAUGGUCACGGUCAUUCACACGACCAUGGACAUUCGCAUAGUGACAUGUCCGGCAGCAAUUCACAGAUCAUGCGAGGAGUCUUCCUACACAUUCUUGCCGAUACUCUUGGCUCUGUGGGCGUAAUUAUUUCCGCGGUACUUAUGCAAAUGUUUGGCUGGAUGAUAGCGGAUCCGAUUUGCUCCAUUUUUAUAGCACUGCUCAUUGCGCUGAGCGUGCUAGGUCUGAUUAAGGAAUCCAUCCUGAUAUUAAUGCAACGUCAGCCAACGUCGUUGGAUCGCUCGUUGCUGCAGUGCUAUCAGAAGGUGACCGGACUGGCUGGUGUCUACGCGGUGCAGGAGCCACAUUUCUGGACACUCUGUUCUGACGUUUACAUCGGCGCUAUCAAACUGGAGGUGUCAAAGAACGUCGACCCCAAGUAUGUGGUGACACAUACACGCAUGAUUUUCGAGGCAGUAGGGGUCAAACAAAUAUAUAUACAGCUCGACUACGUGUGAUCCUAAUCCUGAUCUGAGGUUAUUCGUGGGAAUAAUAUGUAUAUUUAACAGCAUCAUGUGUAGUAUGAUGUUUUUUAUAUUUACAUUUUAGUUUAUUAGGAUGAUUGAGCCGAAAGUUUUGAUGCGCUCUAAAGUGUAAACUUGUAAUUUGCAAUUUUGUUAAUUUAUUUUUUCUACUUGUUGAAACACCAUUCCAAUUAAGAAGCAGGAGCAGCAGUUGCUGCCGAAUAGAAUUACUCUAAUAUACAUAAAUAUGUAAGCUUAAAUUCGUGCAUUAACAGGUACAUCAUUGCAUUCACAAGAACAAAAACACAAACUGAAACAAAUUUGACUGACUUUUCCAUUACACACACGCAUACCUUCUUAGAUACAAAUAGUGAGGCAGAAAGUGCAUAUGAUUACAAGCAAAUUAUAUUUUGCCACUUACAGUUACCGAUUGAAGCAUCAAAAUUAUGAACGAAAUAAAAUAUAAUUUGUUAAUUGCA